AUGGCCGGUUUGAAGGACGUUGUUACUCGUGAAUACACCAUCAACAUGCACAAGAGGUUGCAUGGUGUUUCUUUCAAGAAGAGAGCCCCAAAGGCCGUCAAGGAAAUCAAGAAGUUCGCUAAGUUGCACAUGGGUACUGAAGAUGUCCGUUUGGCUCCAGAAUUGAACCAAGAAAUCUGGAAGAGAGGUGUCAAGGGUGUUGCUUUCAGAUUGAGAUUGAGAAUCUCCAGAAAGAGAAACGAAGAAGAAAACGCCAAGAACCCAUUGUUCUCUUACGUUGAACCAGUUUUCGUCGCCUCCGCCAAGGGUCUACAAACCACCGUUGUCGAAGAAGAUGCUUAA